UUCUCUGUUUUUUUUUAGAGAAAGGGUGUUAUUCAUACAGAAACAGACAAAACUGAUAUCAACACUAUCCAUUUAUAAAUAUGACUUUACGGCGUAUGAAUAUAUGCAUUCCAAAUUCUUAAAAAAGACCUUUUAUCAAAUGCAUUAUUUAUUUUAAUUAUUUUUCAGUUUUUGGGGAAAAAAAGUUGUCACAGUCAUUUAUGAAUUAACCAACUUUCAUUUUUUUUUUUAAUUUUGAAGUAGGUCCUGUCACUAAGCACGUGCACUUAGGGCUUGACAGAAUGACGUCAGACAGUGUGUGAUCAUGAAAGCCUACUAUAAAAGGCUAACUUUGUGAAUAGCUUCUUAAAUAUUUCAAUGAAAUAGAUGUAUUUUGCAUGCACAACAGUAGUUCUUUGAUUUGAUUUAGUUCUUCCAACCCACUCUACACAGCCGAAGUUUUGUAGGUACAUUUUUUGUCGUAAAUGGAAAUUUAAAAUAGCUAUUUUUUUAGGGUGGUGAAUAUGAAGUAUAAAAAGAACGUCUACCACGUAUUUUUGGUUUUGUUCCAAAUACAGUUGAUUAAGAGUGAAAUCAAAUAUUGCCAUGAGGCAGUCGCAAGUGUUAAAAUUGUGUCAUUCUGUCCGGAUUCUAAAGAAGCAUGGGACAUUGCUGCCCAUAGAAAGAACUGUAGUAGAAUGGCAGCAGGACAAACGUGUACAACAGCUGACAAGUUCCAGUACCAUUGUGUGAUCAACGGGUUCAGAAAUAAAUUUGUGGAGGUUUGCGCACCAACAAGGAUAAUUUUCGGACACUGUGUUGAGUUCAACACUGGAGGUGGAGUCAUUCAAGAUCAAAUGUCAGCCCCUUGCAACAGCAGCUUUCCUAAGUGUGACGAUAUUUAUCACUCAACAGACGCUUACAAAUAUCCUGACUGUUAUGCUCUUGUGUCCGGGGGAGAUUUUAAAUCUUCGACAACAAUAUCGUCGACUUUCGGGGAUUCCGCUCUUGUGUCCGGGGGAGAUUUUAAAUCUUCGACAACAAUAUCGUCGACUUUCGGGGAUUCCGACACAGAACAAAAACAAAAUGGAACUAUUAUUGGCAUCAUCUCAGCUGUUUUAGUAGUGACUAUAUUGGUUAUCAUCGGUGUCUUAAUUUUGAAAUUUAAAAGACGCCUACCUAGGUUACCUAGCUCUAAAGAAACACAGGAGGAGGAAAGAAGUUUAAUGUUACCAGAAUUUAAAAACAGACAAGAUCUGCGUCACAAACAAUCAAAAACCACAAGAAGGCAACGCUCUUCUCACAGUGAAUCAUCAGCUUACAUAGGUGCGUACACCAAGAAAACAAACCUCUCAGGGAGGCAGCGCUCUUCUCUCAGUGAAUCAUCAGCCUUCCCCCCAAACGUGCACAGGAGCUUUGAAAACAAGAGAGCACCAUUACUACCAUUUAUCGGACAUCGUAACAAAAAUGAAAAGAAUGAAGAUGAUAGAACUGAAAGACGUGUUUAUGAGUGUAUAUCCAAAAUUAUUUAGAAGGAAAUAAUAUAUAGUACACAUAUGAUAUUUUAAUUAAUUUAGUCAUACUCCUAUUAAACUAUAACAGGUCAAAUAGUGUUAUCAAUACAUUUGUUUGAAAUAUGAGCUGGUAUUUUAAACUAUACUCAUAUUCGUUGCCCUUGUCGACUAUUUGAAAACAAUUGUAUUGAUAUCAUUUUUCCGCUUUUAGAGUAUAAAGACAAGUUUUUGGGUCCAUAUGUCAUUCUUUAUAUUGAUCAAUAUGCUAGAAAUAUAACAGCAUUUUGAAUCAAAUACAAUUGUUUUUUUAAGAUUAAGAGAUUAAUUUCUAUGUAUUAGGUCAUCCAUUUUCUUAAUUUGACCCACUUAGGUACAUUUCAUAUUGUUAUGAAAUUCGAUCUUUAUCAAGAUCAGGUGGUUACUUACUAUAAAGCAUUUUGCUGCUACUAUCAUGUCUAUAUGUGACGUGAUUGUUUCAUCUCAUUUGAUUUGUUACAUUGUAAUUUGCAUAUACAGUCGGCUCAAGCGUAUCUUUUACAACAUACACCAUCGCAUAGCAUAGCAUUGAAAUCUCAUAGCAUAACAUUGAAAUCUCAAAACAUAGCAUUGGAAUCUCAUACCAUAGUAUACAAUCUCAUAGAAUCGCAUUCGUCAUAUCAUACCAUAGCAUAGCAUACAACAUUAUUUUAACUCGGUUAUAAUUGUUUUUAUUUGAAAAAAUAAAAUGUUCACUAAAUAGAUUUGUGGUAAACUUUGGCUUCCUAUUAUUUUAAUUCGAAAUGUGUGGAAAUCGUGUGUGUAUGCAGGCGUUUUUGUUAAAAUAUCAUAGCAUACAUGUACCAUAGCAUAGCAUAGCAUACCAUAUCAUUAAGUCCUUCAUUUUAAUUUCUCAUAGCA